GCUGGUGAACUUUCAGAGGUUUAACUCUAUAUAGCAACUCAUUUUGCAUAUAAUGCUGGGAUACUUUUUCUUAAUUUUUGUUGUUAUUCGAAAUUUGUUAAUUUUUUGGUUGAUAGUGAUAUUCAAAACAACAAAGUGUAUUUACAAUCAUGGUUGCAUGAAGUUCUCUUGAUUCAGCGUUAUAUACUUUUCAUGUUGCAUGAGAGCGCGCAGACAUGACACAUCAGUUACAGGACAUUGACUUUUUAAUUGACGUGAAACGUAACAUUCAGUCAAUAUUGGGGAGCUGAAGGUUUGCCAGAGCUGUUGCUCCUUACUGCCUCCCCGAGGAGGUAAAAAAAGAAAAAAAAAGCAGAGUGAACCCAUGAAGCGCUCUCCUGUGGGCUCACUUCUUCUCUGCGCCACUGUCAUCGCUGCGCCUUUUCACUGUUUCCAUCUUCUCACUUUGUCAUCAUUUUUUGUUCAAACUCAACAUGACUGAACACAAUUUUCUUUAUUUUUUCGAAGAUUUGGCUAAAUCCAAUAAAAAAACACUCUGCCUUUGUUCGGAUAUCUUUUUAAAUAUUUACAAGUUGUCAUGCCAUCUGUGACUGGGGAGAGAUUUCCUGCCUCGACCCGGGCAGCAAACGGGAUCUCAGAAGUGCAUCAUCACUGCAAGUCCGUCGGAUUUUCAAGCACCAAAGGAGGAGACAACCAACCCAAUAAGAAGCGCCCUACUCCGGAGGGCGCCGGAGGGUCCAGGAGCGACCCACAUCGGAAUAUGUGCCAGAGAGCAGACGAUGUCCCGUCUUACAACUCCCUCCCGGGAUCCGUGGGGGACAGCAUCAGGAGCACCAUGUCUUUUGGUAGCGGGACCAUAUGCAGAGGCUCCAAUCCCGGCUUUGGGAGGUCCGAUCGGAAAGUUGCGUCCUGUGAGAAGUGCUCAGCGACCCUUGUUGCUCUGAAGAAACAAGCGCUGAGUCUGGCUGUCCACCAUCACUUCUCCUGCAAGGACACAAGUGACCUCUCAGCAUUUCUUCAUGACAACCUACGUGUCCAUUGUCGUACUAAUGUGGAGUUCAAGGAGAGAGAAAGGGAGCUGGGCCAGUGUGGAACCUGUGGUGCGAACCUGAACCAGUUCAAACAGGAGGCCAUCCACCUGGCUCUGAGUCGCGGUCAAUCAUCUGCUAAGCCUCCUUUUGGGUUUGGACUAAGCGGAGGGACAGUGCUGGGACAGAAUGAGAUAAAGGCUGUGCAUCAGUCAUACAGCCAAACCCACACUUCCAGACCAGGAAGUCCCAGGACGCCUCAGAGGACGCCUCAGAGGACCCCUCAAACCCUCAGAAGACGGGGGCCCAAGCUCCCCAACCCUGACAUGGACCGCUGGGUGGAGGAGCAGCAGCAGCUGGUGGCUUCUAAAUCUGUGUCCAAUACAGAUGGUGUUACCAUAAAUUCUUACCAUCAGCAGGCUGCAGAUGGUGCUACGCAGAACUGGGUUGAUGCUGGGACGGUGCAGGCAAGCUCCAAGAUCCCUCACAUCUCCAGAGUGGUGACCAUCGCCAACACUGCUGCCAUGUCCUUUUUGGCCAGGGCGGCCGAGAAGCUCAACCUGACAUUGAGGAAAAAAGGCCAGGCUUGUGAUCCAGCUCCCUCCCAUUUCUCCACCUGCUUCAGGGAGAUCAUCCAGAAAAACCCGCCGCCCGUCCCCUCCUGCCUGCUCCAAGCUGCCACUCGAACCAAAGACUCACCCGAUGUUGGCAAGGUCAAAGUCGUGCUGAGGGUGAGCCGAAUGCUGUCAGAGGGCCAACCCCAGCCACCUGUUCUCCGGAUUGAGCCAUCCAAGAAAAGAGUCACCAUAAUGGAACCAGUCACCAAAAACAUACCACACACCACAAUGACACUUGGAAGGGAUGGCAAAAGUCCACUUAAGACCUUCAACUUUGAUGCGGCCUAUUCUCAAGAUUCAAGCCAGGCUGAGGUGUGUGCAGGCGUCUUGUCUGAUGUCAUCCGCUGUGUGCUGAGUGGCAGCGACGGAUGUGUUUUGGGUUUGGGAUGCACUGAUGUGGGAUCCUGGUCUUGCAUGGUGGGGAGUGGUGAGAACAUCCAGAAGCUUGGACUGAUUCCCUGUGCCAUCUCCUGGCUGUACAGUGCCAUCGAGCGACGCAGGGAGAAGACCUGGACUGAUCUGUCUGUGUCGGUGUCGGCCAUAGAGAUGUGCUGUGGCGAGGAGGAUACACUGAGGGAUCUGCUUGGGGAGGUUGUCCCUUCAUCGGGCAGUGUCCAGAACAGCCCAAAAGCCCAUGUUAAAGUUCAAGAGGACCCGGUCUAUGGGAUGCAGCUACGUAACCACAACCGUGUAAAGGCCCCGACUGCUGAGCGAGCUGCUUCUCUGCUGGAUGCGGCCAUCGCAGCACGGCGACACACUGACUUCAUCACAUACCUGUGCCACAGCUCUAUAAUGUUCUUCACUCUUCACAUCCAGCCCCCUCGCACAGAAAGCAGCACCAUUGGAAAAAGUGGUUCACGGGGAACCACUAAGUUGACCCUGAUAGAUGUGUGUAAUGGUAUGAGGGGUAUUAUCAAAAAUAAACCACCUCAUUCUGAACUGGGCCCCAUUGUCUUGUCUCUUCUAAGUGGACAUAAGACCAUCCCCAGCAAGAACAAUAAGUUGACCAUGCUCCUUCGAGAGUCCUUGGCUCGUGAAAACUGCCAUAUUGCUGUGAUUGCUCAAGUUGCUGAUUCAUUAGCGCAUCUCCCAGAAACCUUCUCUACCAUCCAACUUGCUUCUCGUAUCCGCAGGACACAGAAGAGGACGAAGCAAUCCACAUCAUGCUCUCCUUGUGGAAGGAGUUUGACCAAAGAAAAGAGAGCACCUCAGUCUUUGUCCUUGAGGGCCUUCCACUCCACCGAUGAGGUAGAUGUGGAUAAUCGUCCUUUCCGUCUGCGUGGUGAACUGGAUCGAUCCAGCAGUGACCAGUCCUGUGACACCGUGAUCCAAAUAGACUCAGAUGGAUUGGUCCAUUCCAAAGCAGCCCCAGUGCAUUCACAACCUGAGUUUGUGCCUAUCAUACCUUCUUUGCAUCCUAAUAAGGCCGACUUGGAUGACCCAGAGUUUACAGCUCUUCUUCAAGAGCUUCUGAGAAUCCCUCAGAUGCAUGGAGAAAAGAAGACAGAGGAAACUGUGCAUGAUGACACUGAUGCUCUGAAAGCAGACAAGAAACCACCAGAGAGAGACUGUCUUAAAUGUGAUACGUUUGCUGAACUUCAAGAACGCUUAGGUUGUAUUGAUGGAAGUGAGAUGACAAUCGAUGUGCUCAAAUCUUCCUUAAAAGGUGCUUCUCUUAAAAAUAUUUUAACCAAAUCACAGCCCAAAAAGGAAGCAUCGGAUGCACCGCAGACUGUGCUGAACCCUGGGAUGUGUUGCAGUCAGACAUCUCCAGGAGAAAAGCAAACAGAUGGCGCUCUUCCUGGAGACAGUUUUCAGAGGGAGGAUUCAGGUCUUUAUGACUGUGAGGAGUGUAGUGCAAACAGUUCCAGCGAGGAACUGCUGAAUCAAACUCUGGGUCUAAACAUGACCAUGCGUUCUGCCUUUCCCAACACUACACCUGUUAAAUCAGGUAAUCAGCUCUCCUCCCAGGGCUUUGAUACAAAUCCUAAGAUUUCCACCAGUUCCCCUGCAAUUCAGCCAUCAGACAAACAGGACAGCCAUGAAGCUGCUGAUUGGUUUAAACCAGAUAAAAGGGCUUCACCAGUUGGCAAAAGCUCCCCUAUUUCUCCUCCCUCUUCCUGUUCCUCUUCACAAUCCUUGGCUAAGAGUGUUAUACUUGGAGACGUCUUGCCUAAUCGCAUCAUAGACAGCAAGGAAAUGAAAGCUACAAUCACAGUGACGGUUCAGCAGCCGCUGGACCUAAAGGGUCAAGAUGAACUUGUCUUCUCUAUGGUAGAGGAGGUAACCAUCAACGGAGCAUAUAACAGAGGGAACGCAGGUGGGAACAUCAUUUGCAUCAGAGAUGCUGCUCAGUCACAAACACAAGAUCAAAGCUCUCAGCCAAUCAGGAUCAUCAGCAAUGUCAGUGAUGACUCUGCAGCUGCAGGUGCUUCUAUUAAUCAGCCUGUCUCCUCAGAUGAUGAAAAGCCCAAAUAUCAGUUUAGAAAAGAAAAAAGGAUCCUGCCUUCAUUUAUAAAUCCUAUGUUGAUUAAUACAGAUGUUAACUCUGACACGGAUAAUGUAAAAGAAAAGGAAAGUUCCUGUGCAAGGCCUGGGGGAGUAAAGUUAGACUCUGAGCUCAAAGGAAAUAAUGUAGACAGUGAAAAUCUUGAAAAGAGGGUUGAAACUUGCCCUUCCAAAAAACAUCACAUCCAGAAGUCUAACAAGGUUUGCUACUUAGCUUGUAGCCAAAUUUCUUAUGACCCAGUAGUCUUGGAAGAUAAAGUUUUCUACAACAAACCUGCAGAAAGCAAAACCUGUGAAAAGAGACCUCAAAAUUCAGACAAGAGUCACCCCAGAGACGGUGAGCAUGUUUAUUCCACUAACAAUGGAAGAGUCUCAGAAGGGGGAGAAACCGCUUCUGGACAUGUUGGAAAUAUCCCCAAGAGAACUGGUGCUUCACCUGGUUGCCAAGAAACCAACUCUGUUUUCUCUAAAACCAACAGUUUACCCAGGGGCUGGCACAAUGACACCCACUCAAGGGGGGUGACAUCAUCCACGGCAUGUAGCCCAGGGGAAACUCUGGAGAGGAGGCAGCAGGGCAGACAGCACUCUCCUGCAAACCACAGUCUCUAUAUCUCAUCUUCUCUAAAAAAUAAAGCAGAAUUUAAACAGGAAUGUAGUAGUGCUCUCAGAAAGGGUGCUGGAAAAGUUUUUGAGACCUCAAGUCAAACAAAGGAACGUGACAAUACAAUGAGCAGGCGAAGAUCUCCCUCUGAGGACAGUAGCAGGCUUUUCAGUUCCAAGCUGGAGCAGCUGGCUGCCAGGACUAAUUCCCUUGGGAGGACCCCAAGGGAGUUCCCAACCCUGGAAAGAGGCAGUAGCAACACUUCUAUGAGCUCUAAGGGAAGCUCCAAGGGAAGUAUUGAAGGGAGUAGUAAAGCAGGUUAUAAAGGAAAUUAUGAAGGAGAUGGUACCUUUCCAAGGGCCAGCAGGAGCCCCAGAAAAACACCCCGGUCUGAUCAGAGUCUUCACUUCUUCCAUUCUGAAAGCCAUGUACCUCAGUCUGGUAAGCAUACCCAUUCCAAGCUCUCUGCUGUGGGGAAACUUAAGAUGGCUGGCCCCAAAGGUCGUCGAUUGUCUGCCUCCGGCACCAAGAAUCUCAGCCUAUCCCACAAAAGCCUGCAACAGUCCAUCAACCGUAGUGCCAGUCUCUCACCAGACAGUAAAACGGUUAGCUUUGAGCGGACAUCCUCUUUUUUCUCCUCUUCCCCUCCACCAUCUUAUCGCUCCAUUUGUCGAACUCCAAGUCAGAGCUCCACAUGCUCAUCUACAAAAUCCGCCAUCCAGGGAUUUGUCAAUGGUCGGAUCUCAGACCUUCUCAAGGAAAGAGCUUCUAGUCCUACCUCAGCAGGACCAGAUCAAAUGGCCAUACUUCCCUCCCCAUAUAGCCAGGUGACGGCUCCCCGUGUGCCUGACCACCUGAGUGGGCAUGCGAGUGACACAACCAGUGUGUUGAGUGGAGAUUUGCCGCCAGCCAUGGGAAAGACUUCGCUGCAUUUCUCUAACAGGAGCAGUUUGGUGAGCAGUGGCUACGACAGCAUGGUGAGGGACAGUGAAGCCACAGGCAGCAGCACUUCCAACAGAGACUCUGUCAGUGACAGGAGCGCCUCUCUGCUCAGUGUGGCUCGCAGCAGCCGGUCAUCUCGGAGACGAGGAGGGAACACAGGUGCUCACCAGCGACGCCUUUCUCACGAUACGUCUAUGUCCUUGAAACGCUCAGCUAGCGGCCUGCAGUCUCGCAGGAUGGAUCGGGGAAUACCUGAGGCCUAUGAGUUCAAGGUGUAUGAGAUCGACAAUAUUCAGAGGAUGCAGAAAAGAGCAGGUGCUGACAAACAGGGACCGGUGUGCUUCAGUGCCAAGCUGAAGUUUUUGGAGCACCGUCAGCAGAGGAUCUCAGAGGUCGGGGUCAGAUACAACGACUUGAGGAAAGAGCUGGAGGAGGCCAAACACGACCUCAUGCUGGAGCCCUCCAAGUGGAACCAAGAGUUCGACCUGUGGCAGACGUUCGAGGUGGAUUCCUUGGAGCACCUGGAGGCCCUUGAAGGAGUGACGGCUCAGCUGGAGAACAAGGUCAACCUCUGCAAGGCCAACAUAAUGAUGGUGACCUGCUUUGAUGCUUCUGCUAGGAGGCGGCGUAAGAAGCGACGGCGAAAAGCACCAGAGCAGAGAGCCCUGAAAGGAUUUUAAACUAAAUUAAAAGAUCUUUUCUGUUUUUCAUCAUGUACAGCUGAUUCACUGUCACAGACAUUUUAAGAAUGAGUAAUUUAAAUUAUGUCUCCCACACCUUUUUACACUUUACGCACACCCAAUGUCCUUAAGGGUUUCUUUAAAUUAGCUUAGCGCUUAAUGUUAGAGCCUAGAACAGUAGUGAUUUCUCUGCCACUGUGGAAAAAUAUUUAAUAUUUGUAAGUUUUUAUUUAUUUAUUUGAUUUAGAAUUGUGCAAUAUAUUUAAAACCAUCAGUUUAGCUCUGGUUCAGUAUUUUAUGCUAAUGAGACAUUUUAGUGUAGCUAACAGGCAAAUAUUAUAACCUUUUCUACCCCUGUAAAAGAUGUGCUGCAUAUUAACAACAACAUUUUGCUGUAAGGUGAUAUAUCAAUGACUCAGUGCUGAUUCUCUUUAAGGUCUGAGGGUUCAGGACUGCUGUAAAUGUAAUUACCAUCUCAAAAUCAAACACUUUUGUAAAUUUGUUAAUAUUCUUGAUUUGUUGAGGCAGUUUUCAUGGCUACUUAGUACAUGUACGUACCUCAGAAUUCCUGUAUCGAUGCAAACCUUUCAGACUGUCUCAGACUAAUGAUAAUCUCUGGUGAAGAGGAGCUUUGGCCAUCACUGUUAGUUUCCUGAGUGUUCAGAAGGGAAAACUGUACCACCCCCUUGUGCCAUUUUUGUACAUAGAUUUUGGUGCUGACUUAGUUAAAAUGAUGUAUUGUGUCAUGUGAAAACUAAAGAAAAUGCUUUAUAAUGACAGGGAAAAUCUCUAUACCGCACUGUUCAACCUCCCUGAAACAGUAAUUAUGAACCUACUCUUUAGCAGAUGGUUGGUCCUUGAUCAAUAAAUUGGCUAUUUAAACACAUUAGAGAAUGAUUUGGGGCAGAAUAAAAAAAAAGGGUUUUACUUUCUGUGUAAUGGGGGAGUAAUUGCUUUACAGAAAUUACGUCAUUAUGUCUGAAGAGCAUCUUGGCUCUGAGCCAAUCAGAGAGGAUGUACUGAUGCACAGUAAUGGGUGAACCAUGUUGACCCAGAUCAGUGCAUUUAAAACACACACUCGUGCACACACUCUGAACGUUUGUCUGUUAAUCUUUGAAUCAGCUUGUUGUAAGUCACUGUGAAUAAAUGGCCACAGCUGUUAGUAUUUAAGUUUAGAGACAUUGGAAACUAUGCAUCUUUGAUUAGUAUAAAUUAAAGUCAUUUCACUGA